UGGGUAAACCGGUAAUAGUAAACCUUAAAAAUGCAGAGAAAAGUAGAGGGUUUUUUUUCACUCCGUUUGGGGCAGAAACCCCAAGAAGCUUGAUCACACUCUAUCAUCCUCUACUGCCUGUAUGUGUAGUAGCUAUAUCGGAGUAUAUUAUACACAUUUGAUUGUAUUUAUAUCAUACAAAUCUGGAUGGAGAAAGUGGUCCUGGACGCCACACAUGCAGGAGAUUGGACUUACAGGGGCGAAGGAGCUGCUAAUCUUGUUCUCGCUUACUCCGGAUCUUCUCCUCGUUUUGUUGGGAAAGUACUACGUGUGCAUAAGGUUUCGAGGAGUGAUUCUGAAUGUGAGAAUGCCCUCACAGCUUUAACCAUUCAUGAGUGCCUUUUGUGGAAGGAAAUCGAUGAUCUGGUGCUAGCCCCUACCAGGGAAUUUGCCGAGCAUCUUUAUGUGCAGCAUGUAAUGUGCCCGCUCCUGGGUACCGACCAUGUUGACUCUGGGACUUGUGUAUUUGUGGCCAAAGAAUUUUUAGAGGCUGUUGAAAGCAAUGUUCUUUCUCAACGUCCUUCCUGGCGAAUCAAUGAUGCGAUAUCCAACACACAAUGUGAAUCUGCACUUCUUUUAUCUGAUGUCUCAGUCUUUCCCCGCAGUACUCUUAAGGAUGAAUUCUGCAUCUCUGUUGAGAUAAAGCAGCCUAAAUGUGGAUUUCUGCCAGCUUCAAGAUUUAUUGCCGAUGAAAAUUAUGUAAAAAGGUGUAUAACUCGAUUUAAAAUGCAUCAGGCACUGAAACUACAUCAAGGAAAGGUAUCCAAAAUAAGCGAGUAUGAUCCAUUGGAUUUGUUCUCUGGGUCCUUGGAGACAGUAAAUAAAGCAAUGAAGGACCUUAUUGUCACACCACAGAACAACCUUCGUGUAUUCCUGAAUGGUACCCUUAUUUUUGGGGGAUCAGGCGGUCUCGCUGAUCCCACUUGUUGUUUGAAUGAGGAACUACUUGAAGAUGCAUUGAAAUGUGUGAUUCAGGCAGAAGAUGGCAUGCGCACAACUAAUUUCUUACAUCUUGUUGCUGAAGCAGUUUGCAGACCAGGAUUAUUAGAUAGGCUCCUUGAGGUCCAGAAGCUUGAUAAACUUGACAUAGAAGGGGCAAUUCAUGCAUAUUACAAUGUUAUUUCCCAGCCUUGCCCAAUAUGCAGAGUUUUUAAGGAAAACGAAAAGAAACUUUUAGAAAGAUAUACUUCUUUGCACUCAGACCCAUUAAGCAAGAGCUUGAAAAUUGUGAAGGAUUAUUUGAUUGCUGCUACUGCAAAGGACUUGAGUAUUAUGAUUAGUUUUAGACCCACUGAGAAGAGGGUUAUGGGAUCUUCCAAUGAUAUUGUUUCACUGAAAUUAAACAGUCAGUGCUUUGAAUACAAGGCAUCAUUUAUUGACCUGGAUAUGAAACCUUUGAAGAAGAUGGCAUACUAUUUUGAGUUGGACCAGAAAAUUGUUAGACAUUACUCUCAGAUGGUUAAAUCAAACAUUUACUCGGAGAGAGUUGCUAGCAUCAAGGAUACACUGCACCAUGAACAAACAAGUGCAGUGGAAGAUGUUUCUCACACAAGAGAUUCUUCUGUAAUUGGAGCUUAAUGGGCUGUAGAAAGAAAGGACCAGAUCAGGCUUUUCCUUUACUGCAAGGAAAGUGAUAUAUCAACAACUUUGUUGUCCUGCCACCUUUCUAUCUAUAUUCACAUGCGGUGUGCAUUCGCAGAGCUGGAUUUUACAUUAACUUAUUUCGUAAAAACAGUGGGGGGCUACUGAAAGUGAAGAUUGAUUUUUACAUCUAAAUCUAAGUAGAAAGCCAUCAAAGAAUUCCCAACUGUUCAGUGUCCUUGUUGUACACUAUGUGGUGAAGAUUGUGUUGUAAGGUGUACCUGGUUUUUGUGAUGUACAUUACAAUUUCCUAAUGAAGCCUUUAGAAUGAGGGGUCUGUUUGAAUAACUAGUGUAAUAAAUAGUUUUGUGGAGAUGGCCUCUGUCUCUCUUUCCUAGAGAACUGUUUUGCAGGUCUUAAUGCCUCUGAAAUCUAACUUGUUUGCUAGAAUAAAUUUCUAGUUGAAUUGUUUUGAUGAAAGUGGAAGGAUAAAAUUCCCAUUUAUAUGCAUACAAGUCAGAACAGGCAUAUGUACAGGAUGAAAACAAAUAGUCAGGCCUUAUCUUUGGAUUGAGUUAACCAUAUCUGCCGAACCAUUUUACUUUCUACUAUUUGUAGAAUAUAUUGGUUGUCACUACAAUAAAUUGGGAACCGAAUGGCCGUGAACUUAAAGAUAACUGAUAAUGUGAGGGACUUCCAUCCAGAAGGUUGAUACAGUAACUGCUGGUAUGGCUACUGGUAGGACCAUUCAAGAUCAACACAAUUUUAGUGGGGACCAUCCACGCUUAACACCCAUUGCAAACUGCCAUCCGGGAACCUUGAUAUAGGGCUUCUGACAGUUCGUUCCUUCUGGAUACGGUGUUUGAAAACAGUUGUGUCAGUGGAUUUACUCUGCUCAAAGUGCAGGAAGAAGGUGAUGAAGUUAAUAUCAUCUAUAGAAGGGAUAAAUUCAAUUGUCCUCGACCCUUCAAAAAAUACAGUGACGGUAAUUGGUGAAUCGGAUCCAGUAUGCAUCAUUAAACAGGUGAGAAAGUUCCGUAGUACUGCACAGAUUAUGAGUAUUGGGCCGCCAAAGGUAGAAGAGAAAAAGGAUGAGAAGAAAGAAGCAUUUCCUUCUCUUCCAAGAACAUGUCAGAGAUGUGAUGUCUGGUAUGUCGUUGGUCAAGAUUAUACUCCCUGCCACAUUUUAUGAUCAAUGAUGGACUACAUUAUAUAAAAUUCAGACAAACUUGUCAACUUGAGCGGUUUGUUACGCAACAAUUGUGUCUGCAUGCUUGCAGACAUUGAUUUAAAUCAUAAAAGGAUCUGGGUUCUGUCU